AUGACCGCCAAAGUUGGUGCAGGGGUGAUGGCAUGUGCCAGCAGGGCUGUUGGCGAAUCUGCCAGUGGUGAAGAUACAGUGGCUGCUGGUACGGCAUUCUGGGACUUUGCUGGUGGCGAAGGAGGUGAUGCCCACAGAGGAGGUGGUGCUGCAGAUGCGAGUGGUGUGGGUGGUGCCGGGAUUGCCGCAGAAGAUGCAGAAGGCACGGGCAUCAGGGUGGGUGUGGAAGAUGCUGCCGGAGUCGUGGCAGCAUGGGCCUUCGCUGGUGGUGUCAUAAUUGUCGGGCUAGGGGUUGGUGAUACCGGAGAUACCAGCGGCCCGGAGACAAUGCCGAACGCAUCUACAGGAAAGGUCACUACAAAAGUAGAUGUGUAUGCAUACGGUGUGAUACUAAUGGAGAUGAUUACGGGAAGGAAAGUACUCGAUGACUCAUUACCCGAGGAUGAAACACAUCUUGUAACAAUCUUCCGAAAAAAUAUGCUUGACAAAGAGAAGUUCAGGAAGUUUUUGGACCACACCCUGGAGCUCAACGCUGAAUCUUGGAACAGCUUGCUGGAGGUGGCUGAUCUUGCUCGCCAUUGCACGGCGCGGGAACCAUACCAGCGGCCAGACAUGUGUCACUGUGUGAACAGGCUUUCCAGCCUAGUGGAUCAGUGGAAGCCAACAAAUAUUGUUGAUGAUGAUGAGGGUGGGACAAGCGAGAUGGGUCUUCACCAACAGCUAGAAAGAUGGAGAUGCGAUGAUUUCACUAUAUCAGAUUCGGAUUCAUUCAGCACAUACAACACAUCAAGGAAGUACCAUUGA